UUUCAGGAAAGUAGUGGGAGAGAUUGUGUCUUGAGAAGAAAGGCAUUUUAGAGGUAUUACAAGUGGAUAAAUAAUGUGCACUGCUCUGAGUCCAAAGGCACGCGGUGGGCCUGGCCUCUCUGAUAUGCAUCAGUACAGCCAAUGGUUGGCCAGCAGACACGAAGCUAAUUUGCUACCGAUGAAAGAAGAUCUGGCCUUGUGGUUAACCAAUCUAUUAGGGAAGGAGAUUACGGCAGAAACGUUUAUGGAAAAGUUGGAUAAUGGUGCCUUGCUCUGUCAGCUUGCAGAAACCAUGCAGGAGAAAUUCAAGGAGAGCUUGGAAGUUAACAAGCCCACAAAGAGUCUGCCCUUGAAGAAGAUCCCAUGCAAAGCCAGUGCGCCCUCGGGUUCCUUUUUCGCCCGAGACAACACAGCAAAUUUCUUAUCCUGGUGCAGAGAUUUAGGUGUGGAUGAAACAUGUCUGUUUGAAUCGGAAGGCUUGGUUCUUCACAAGCAACCCAGAGAAGUAUGCCUCUGUUUGCUAGAGCUUGGCCGGAUUGCAGCCAGGUAUGGCGUGGAGCCUCCUGGUUUGAUAAAAUUGGAAAAAGAGAUUGAACAAGAAGAAACACUUUCCACUCCUUCCCCUUCACCCUCUCCUUCAUCAAAAUCUUCCGGGAAAAAGAGUACAGGAAACUUACUGGAUGAUGCCGUGAAACGAAUUUCUGAAGACCCGCCCUGCAAGUGCCCAAACAAGUUCUGUGUUGAGCGGCUCUCCCAAGGAAGAUACCGAGUGGGAGAAAAGAUCCUCUUCAUCAGGGGUCUUCGCGGCUGUGCCUAUGUGUCCACAGCCAAAGCAAAGCAGACGUUUAAGAUGCUGCACAACAAACAUGUUAUGGUCCGUGUUGGAGGAGGAUGGGAAACAUUUGCAGGGUAUCUGUUGAAACAUGACCCCUGCCGGAUGCUGCAGAUCUCCCGUGUGGAUGGCAAAACGUCCCCCAUCCAAAGCAAAUCUCCAACCCUUAAGGACAUGAGCCCAGAUAAUUAUCUGGUGGUCUCUGCCAACUGUAAGGCUAAGAAAGAGACUAAAUGAAAUUAGCUGGUCAUUAAAAGGGGCUCCAACAAUGGCUGUGUCCACUUCUCCACUAGUCAGUUUAGUUCUUGUGCUCUGAAAAACCCUUUGGGAAAAAGGCAUACUACAAAAAGCUCCAUCAUAUUGAAAGAUGUUCAAAGAGUAGAACUAUUUAUUUUUAAUGCUUCUGUAGACCUAUUAAAAGAAAUUCUGAACUGAGAUUUAAAUUAGAUAAAUUAUAGGCAAAUUAUUUCUUCUCCACAUGGGAAGGCAAUGUUUAGAAUGUAAACAAUAUUAGGAAUACCAUUCUAGCUAAAGGUAAAAAUUAUUAGAAGGAAAUAUUUAGUACAUACAGAUAAGUCAACAGAAAGUGCCUGCUUUAUGUCUACAGAGCAAAAAUCAUCCCACUUUUAUAAUUGCUGAAUUAACAAACAAAAAUUAGAAGUGACAAUUAGUGUAACAAUGUGUUACUAAAUGUACCCAAGAGUACUGAGAAUGCACAACAAUAAUUUUUACUGAGAAGGCCACUUCAGAAAAGUUUGCAUUUACUUGGAAGAUUGCCUUAAAGAUUAUCUCUUACCUAAGACCAAAUAUCUGGGGUAUUUUGGGAAGUUUUCGGUACACCCCCUUAGAGAAUCACUUGUGCGAGUGCUCACACAUUCUUAAGCACUUGGAAGUGUUUCGAUUCAUUUAGUGUAAUUCACACAUAUAAGCUGCCCUCCAUUUAUAUUUUGAUGGAAUAAAUUGUACAGUCAAAUGUUCAUUGACUUCAUGUUAUUUGAAAGCUUGUUCUUAAUAAAGUAUAUCUGUAGUUAAUCCUACUUUGCUAUGCUAUCUGGUAAAGCCGGCUCGCUGUAGCUAACGUGGUUAUGGACAUAUGUAUCCCCUUGUAUACCCGGGGAAGGGCUGGUUUGUGCCAAUAAACAGCAGAAUAUUGUCCUCACUGAUGUAAGAAUUAAAAAGCUAAAUUAAAAAAUUUGUAUCUGUAUCUGUAAAAUAAGUGUUUCUGUAUCACUGAUUUAAUUGAUUGAUAUCCACUUGGCAUCAAGACAUUUAAUUUUCUUCUGAAAUAAAGUUAAUUUUCAAAUGG